AUGACUGAACCUACGUACAAUGCCAUUGAGGACUAUGGCCUGGUCGGGGACAUGCACACCUGUGCCCUGGUCAGCAAGGACGGUAGUUUGGAUUACAUGUGCUGGCCAGUCUUUGACUCUCCUACCGUUUUCUGUCGUCUGUUGGACAACCAGAAAGGAGGCUUCUUCGCCGUGAAGCCCUACAAGACGGUAGUAGAUGCUCACAGCAAGCAGCGGUAUCUUCCAUACUCGAACCUGCUUGAAACCAGGUGGACCGAUGAGGAUGGCGUCGCGACGCUGCUGGACUACUUUCCUGUCACACCUAAAAAGGCGGCGCAGUCGUCCCGGUUGUUGUCAGGAUACUGUCCUUGCAAUGAACCGGGGACCAAUCGCUUCAAGUCGGGACUGCAGCACUCGGGCCUGAUCAGAAAGCUGGAGUGUAGCCGUGGCUCAAUGGAAUUGAAAGUGGAGUUAUUCCCUGCUUUUAAUUAUGCACGAGACUCGCACAAUACCCGUGCAAAGCUAGAAGACGACUUGGACAAGCACCGGCUGCAGACCGUCCACUUCGAGAGUGAGACAGAGCGGCUGCAACUCGAGAUCUUUGCCGAUUCACGGGAGCCAGAUAAGCUUGGUUUCCCCUCGGCAUCUUUGAAACUGGAAGAACGAGAGGGUCUCCGUGGCCGCGGAUUGGUGGCCUGGAUCCGUUUGUCGGCGGGCCAGACCCUUCAUCUGGUGUUGCAUAGUCCCGAGAAGGCUGUCCCCAGCUCGGCCACCAUUGCAGCCUACCUCGCGCGAAUGGAGGAGGAAACUUCCGACUAUUGGACCGAUUGGACACGCAAAUGUGCCUUCCGUGGUCAUUACCGAGAGACAGUCGAGCGCAGUCUCCUAAUUCUGAAGCUGUUGACCUACAAACCCACGGGUGCAAUUGUCGCUGCGCCCACCUUCUCGCUUCCCGAAAAUGUUGGAGGCUCCAGAAACUGGGAUUAUCGAUAUUCCUGGGUGCGUGACACAGCCUUCACGCUGUAUGUCUUUCUCAAAAUGGGCUACAGCGAAGAAGCGGAAGCGUAUGUCAACUUCAUCUUCGAGCGGGUUUUCCCGCAUGCUUGCCAAGAUCAGGAACCCAACAGCAAAAGGCCCUUCUUGCCGCUGAUGUUCACUAUCCGAGGCGAGUACGACAUUCCCGAGAUGGAAUUGGACCACCUCGAUGGGUACAAAGGCAGCAAACCUGUUCGCAUUGGCAAUGCUGCCGUUUUCCACACACAGCUGGACAUCUACGGUGAAUUGUUGGACAGUAUCUACCUGUGUAACAAGUACGGAAACCCUAUCACCUAUGACCAAUGGAACGCUAUCCGGCGAAUGAUUAACUAUGUCAUCGGUGUUCGGAACCAGAAGGAUAUGUCCAUUUGGGAAUCGCGUGGUCAGAUCCAAAACUUUAUCUAUUCGAAGAUUAUGAUGUGGGUGGCCCUGGAUCGUGGAAUCCGCCUUGCCGAGAAGCGUGCUAGCCUGCCAUGCCCGGAUCGCUUUGAAUGGAUCCGGGUCCGUGACGAGAUGUACGACGAAAUCAUGACCAAAGGGUACAACGAAGAGCGUGGCCAUUUCUGCCAGAGUUAUGAGAGUCGCGAGGUCUUGGAUGCAUCUAUCUUGAUUGCACCCUUGGUAUUCUUCGUUGCGCCCAAUGAUCCGCGGUUCAUCAGCACGCUGAAGAAGAUUUUGCAAAGCCCCGAGAAGGAGGGCCUAUCCAGCGCCAAGAUGGUGUUCCGAUAUGACCACAAGAAAGCCAACGAUGGUAUGACAGGGGGUGAGGGUGCCUUCAUCAUGGUAACCUUCUGGCUUGUCGAAGCCAUGGCUCGUGCUGCCAAAUAUGAUGUGGCUAUUCCAAACAUCUGGAAACUCGCACUUGCGCACUUCGAUAACAUCCUGUCCUACGCGAAUCAUCUGGGCAUGUUUUCUGAAGAAGUGGCCAUUUCUGGUGAGCAGAUGGGCAACUCUCCACAGGCUUUCAGCCACCUGGCUUGUAUUAGCGCUGCAAUCAAUCUGGGAAGAAGGAUCCCCACUUGUCUAAUGGCAGGCGCCAGCUUGGAUUGGGCUGAUAAGCCUAACGUCGAUUUCGCCUUGUCAUCGGAUGAAGAGGAAUUUGUUUCCAGCCCAAGCACUGCUUCAAGGGAGCUUGAAGGUCCUGCCAAGCAAAAUUUGACGCUGGCUUUGGGGAAGUUGCACUUAGAGCAAGAGGACUUGAAUCAAUCCUCUAGAAAGGACGCGACUCCAACAACACCCCACAUGGAAGACCUAAUUCAAACUCCUCCAGAACUUGAAAUGGCCAAAAAGCCUCUGCAGCUACUGGACUUACCUUUGGAUGUUUUAAAAGAGAUCAUCAAAGAGGUGACCCAUACGACUGAUCUGACCUCGCUCGCUCUUACAUGCUCGUCUCUUCAUUCCUUAGCCAUUCCGCACAUGUACUCCCGUUUCGACAUCGUCUGGCCUGAGUCGCUGAACCCAUCAACGGAUGACUACUCGGGGGUGGACGCUCUGUCUUAUGGUUUGUCCACAUUGGUCAUGGGCGAGGAUGUAUUUAAUCAGCCUGCGCUGUUUCAAUCUGACCAGGUCAAAAAUAGCUGCGUGAAUUGCGGUUGCAAUAAGCCUCAUCCUCAGCCUGACCCGGACCCUGGGGACAAUGGAGUUCGGCUCCGGUCGCGACGAGGCAACCAUUAUGCACAGUAUACCCGCACAUUCUCUAUUGGAAAUGGCCCGCUCAGUUGGGUACAAGAAUACUCGGUGACCAAAGAAGUGGGCAAGAUGCUAGGGACGCUAGUCGCUUUAGCAGUUGCACGGAUGGUGAAUCUCGAAGCCUUCGUUUGGGACAUGCCGACUGGAGUGGUCCGUGAAAUUUGGCUCGCGCUUGCGUCGUUGGCAGAUAGACCAGGACACGAUUGUCGCCUGGAGCGCAUUUGGGUGCGCUGGCAUGACAAUUCGGAGAAUGCUUUACGCAGUUCGUCGGCGGCGGCAACGAGGCUCUUUCAGAAAUACAAACACGUGGAACAUCCUUCCUUGUCAGUACUGCCUCCACUCAAGAAUGUGGCUGUUCUUGACAUAGAUGAACCCGCUUAUGUGGAAGAGCUGGCACUUCUCAUUGAGCGUUCACGUUUCCGUCUGUCCGAACUCCGCAUUGGUAUUGCCGAAAAGGCCCAUAUGAGUCCGUGGCUGUUGUGUGGGAAGGACUCUGAUGGCUCAACGAAUUGGCCUAGAGCUGAUGGUGUACUUGGCAUCUUAACGCGGCGGCACCUUGACAAAAAGCAGGACAAUGUUAUAGUUGCCUCCCUUGAAGAUAAAUCGAUGCCCUCCGAGGAUUCGAUAAACAAGUCACUAAAAUCUACCGAAAGUGCAGCUCCAUUGACUCCAAAUAGCGAGGAGCAGCCUCCCAGCACCACCAAGGACAAGAAGUCCCCAUCAAGCUCUGGGUUGUCCAACCGGAGCGCCCGCUCACAGCCACCUCCCUACAAAUCCGACUAUGAGAUACUUCAUCUCAAAGUACUCGAGCUAGAACGCGUACCUCUUUCUGUGCCAACCCUACUGCCGGCCGUCGACUGGACUGGGUUGACUACUCUCACUAUCAUGCGAUGCGAUGAUCAUGAAAAGCUCUGGAGGGCUCUCCGUCGGAAGUAUGCUCCUCCUGCGACGCCGGCAAAACGUCCACACGAUGCAGAGCGUCGAGCAAACGCCAGCUCAGCUGAAUAUCCACUAAAUUUGAAACAUAUUCGCACGGACACUGUUUCGCCUUAUCUUAUACUGUUCAUCAAAGAUGCGCUGGCUCCGAAUACCCUGGAGAGUGUUUAUUUGCAUGAAGCCCCAGGUCAUGAAUCUGCUGUGCAUAUCGACGCUAUUUACAAGCACAUUCUGCGAAAGCACAGGCGGAGUCUGCGAAAGGUGUUGAUUGACGCCACUGACCGUAUAAUCGGCGCUGGAUAUUCAGGCAUACGAUGGCACAAGUGGAUGUUCACCCACGAUAUGGUAUCAUUUGUCACAAGUGGAAAGAUGCCGCAGCUGAAAGAGCUGGGAAUAGCGAUGCAUUAUCGCGAUUGGAGAUUGCCAAACAUGCCCCAGCUUCAUGCUUUGUAUCUACCACACAUUCAUCAUAGUGUCCAUCGGGACUUGAAAGAGCUUGCGCUGCAAGUCUUGGACAUCGUCAGCAUACGUCCAGAUUUGAAGAUCGCCUACAUUGGUCUCCACAUCAAAUGCUACCAAAUCCUUGAAGCAAGACAUGACGAUAACCCACUAGAUUUCGACGACAACCCCGCGAUUGAACAUUCCCCGGCGCUUAGUGAAGAUGAGGAUGAAGGGUGGGCCAACCCCAACCACGAAUCUGAAGGAGACAGCGAUGAUUCCGACGAUGCCUCGGGGGCAGCUGACACAGACCUCCUUUCCAGUGACCCGGACGACUACGACACUGAACCUGACGAAGAACAGGGUGAUUCGCGGAUUCGUUACCGGCUACAGGAGAUUCUAUUCUACGACGAGAAGGUAUCAAUUUUCAAGGCGCGUCAUGGUGUUUUAUGA